AUGGGGCGCGUCUCAGCCGCCGUCCUUCUAUGGGGCUUGGCGACUCUCGCCCGUGCGACGCAGUCUUCCUCCAUCCAGUACGAUGCGGGGCUCUUCACGCCCUUUGGGGACCUCUCUGCUCUCUCUGCCUCGCAAUACACAGUUCUUACCCACCCGGGAUUUGCGUCGCACAGCGUGCGCAUUAAGCAGUCGCACUUCUGUGAUGAGAGUGUCCGCGCAUAUACCGGCUACAUCGAUGUGGAUGCUCGUCACCUUUUCUUCUACUUCUUUGAGAGCAGGCGGGACCCAGACACAGAUCCCGUAGUGUUGUGGACAAACGGCGGUCCUGGUGGUUCGUCCACAAUGGGACUAUUCAUGGAACUCGGCCCCUGUAGGAUGGCCGGCCCAAACGCAACAGUACCAUUCGAGUAUUCAUGGAACGAGCAGGCCAAUAUUUUCUCCAUUGACCAGCCGGUUGACGUCGGGUUUUCGUAUGCUGAUUAUGGAGAGCAUGUGGACACAUCUGAAGAAGGCGGAAAAGACAUUGCAGCGUUCAUGGCCAUCUUUUUUGAGCAUUUCUCUCAGUUCAGAGGUCGUCCUUUCCACAUGACGGGAGAGUCGUAUGCGGGUCGCUAUCUUCCUGUCUAUGCAGCGGCAGUGUAUGAUCAAAAUACAGAGCUAGUCAAGGCAGGAAUGUCCCCAAUUAAUCUCAGUUCCGUGAUGAUGGGAAAUGGUGCAACAGACUUUUUCGAGAUCGUUUGGGCGCUUUACGACAUGCGAUGCAAGACGCACAAGUUCCCAAUGGUCGAUACGAUUUCCGAUUGCGCGGCGCUGAAGCAGCUUGUUACUCGUUGCAAGAAGUGGACGAAGUCGUCGUGUAACGACGUAUACGACAAGCUCGCGUGCUCUUCUGCGUUUGACUACUGCUUCGACAAUAUAGGGAUCCAGUUCUUCCAGAAGUACAACCCCUAUGAUGCGACCAGACCCUGGCAGACGUUUGAGGCAGACGUUUGCUACCCAGAUGUGGCGCAAUUCCUAUCCAGCGCGAAGACACAGGCACUCCUCGGAGUCGACUCGCAUAAGACGAACUUCUCAACCCACAGUGCACUCGUGUCGGACGCCUUCGAACAAAGCGGAGACUAUCACUCUUUCCGUGCGGACCACUACCUCGCCGCACUCCUCGAGCGCCACGUCCGCGUGCUUAUCUACGUCGGCACCAACGACUGGAUCGCCAGCUGGGUUGGCAACGAGCGCAUGACGUUCAAGCUCGAAUGGACGCAGCAAGACGUUUAUCAGACCGCGGGGAAGCACGACUGGUUCGUAGCCGGAAUGCAGGGCCCGGCCGGAUGGUGGCGCAAGGGUGGAGGGUUGACGUUCGCCACUGUGUAUGGCGCGGGCCAUCUCGUGCCAUUCGACCAGCCAGAGCGAGCGCUGCAUAUGGCCAACCGCUGGCUCGCGGGAGAGGACCUCUGA